UUAGCUGGAGGAGGAGAUUUGCGAAGAGGACGGCUGUCUGGGCCAGCGAGGGACCCCUGACAGCGCUGCUGGAAAGAGAGCCAGUGAGAGGCACCGGCGGAGGAGCAGGUGGAGACAGUGACAGGGGGCAGUGCCCAAGGGCACCCUCUGCAGCCUGGCACAGGUGCACAGAAAUCCCAAAAAGAAAUCUAAAAUCUCUGGCAGCAGGAAGAGACAGACCAAGCUCUGGCCUGGCACACAGCCUGGAUGCGGGAUGAGGCUCAGGUGCAGCCACCCCAACAACGAGCCUAUCGAGAGCCUGGCUGGAGACACCACCCUCUCCAAGUCGGCUCCGAGUGGGCCGGCCACCCCACCCUGCCAAGUCUCCUCAUCCCUUGCAGUGCCCAGUCCUAUGGGACUGAACAGUGGCACCAGAUUGGUCAGGCAGCUGGAAAAGCCCUAGGGCCCUUUGCCAGCGGGCAAGUCAGCCAGGGAUGGCGGAGAACGGGCUGCUGCGGCGGGAGAGGGUGCUGACUCUGGAGUCCCUGAACCCCUCCAUCAAGAAGGUGGAGUAUGCCGUGCGGGGGCCCAUCGUCACCCGAGCCAUCCAGCUGGAGAAGGAGCUUCAGCAGGGGAUGACGAAGCCCUUCACGGAGGUGAUUAGAGCCAAUAUUGGCGAUGCACAAGCUAUGGGGCAAAGACCCAUCACCUUCCUCCGCCAGGUUGCUGUUCUCUGCAUGUACCCAGACCUCUUGAAUGAUCCCAGCUUCCCUGAUGAUGCAAAGCAGAAAGCCCAGAGGCUGCUGGCAGCAUGUGGGGGGCAGAGCGUUGGCGCCUACAGUGCCAGUCCUGGCAUUGAACUCAUCCGACAAGAUGUGGCCCAAUUCAUUGAGCGUCGGGAUGGGGGGAUUCCCUCCAGGACCGAAAACAUCUUCCUCUCUACAGGCGCCAGCGAUGGCAUUGUGACAAUCCUGAAGCUGCUGGUGUCGGGGGAGGGGCACUCCCGCACUGGGGUGAUGAUCCCCAUUCCCCAGUACCCACUCUACUCCGCUGCGUUGGCUGAACUCAAUGCGGUGCAGAUCAACUAUUACCUGGACGAAGACAAGUGCUGGGCUCUAGACCUGCAGGAGCUGCGGAGGGCAUUGCACCAAGCGCGGGAGCACUGCCACCCCCGGGCCCUCUGCAUCAUCAAUCCGGGCAACCCAACCGGACAGGUUCAAAGCCGCAAGUGCAUUGAAGACGUCAUCCGCUUUGCUUGGGAGGAGCAGCUUUUCCUCCUGGCUGACGAGGUGUAUCAGGACAACGUAUACGCAGAGGGCUCCCAGUUCCACUCUUUCAAGAAGGUGCUCUUUGAGAUGGGGCCCAAGUACUCCGGGAGCGUGGAGCUGGCCUCCUUCCACUCCAUCUCCAAGGGCUUCAUGGGCGAGUGCGGCUUCCGGGGCGGUUACAUGGAGGUGAUUAACAUGGAUCCUGCAGUCCAACAGCAGCUGACCAAGCUGGUCUCGGUGCGGCUCUGCCCUCCGGUGACUGGGCAGGUCCUCCUGGAUGUGGUGGUGAAUCAGCCUCAGCCUGGAGACCCUUCCUACCAACAGUUCAGCCAGGAAAAACAGGCUGUGCUGAGUGCUCUAGCCAAGAAGGCUCAGCUCACGGAAGAGACCUUAAAUCGAGCUGCAGGGAUCCACUGCAACCCGGUGCAGGGGGCCAUGUACGCAUUCCCCCGAAUCCACCUACCUCCUCGUGCUGUGCAAGAAGCACAGGCACUGGGCCAAGCUCCAGACAUGUUCUUCUGCCUGAAACUGCUGGAGGAGACGGGCAUCUGUGUCGUUCCAGGGAGUGGCUUUGGCCAGAAGGAGGGCACCUUUCACUUCAGAAUGACCAUCCUGCCACCUCUGGAGAAACUCGAGAUCGUCUUGCAGAAGCUGGCCCAGUUCCAUGCCAAGUUCACCCAAGAAUAUUCUCAGCUCCAGCUGUGGGGCAACGGCAGGAAGACAACAGAGAAACUGAGGCAUUAGGGUGGGCUCUUGCCCAGAUCAUCGCCCUGUUGUCAUGCCACCUUCAACAGGACAGAAGACCUUUGGCGGGACUCACUGCCCAAAUACAUUGCCUGGAACUUGGGGCAACUCUGGGUGGGGGGGUAUUCCCUCCCUCUUCCCAACCCCAUCCCCCACCUCUGCCACCCUUCAGACAUCUGUCCAAUUGGUUGUUCCCACAGGCAAGACCCACAUGUACUUGAGUGGCCACAACCCUGUCUUGGCUGCCAGGCUGAUGCCAGGCUAGUUUGUCCAGGGUCAUAGUGCCCACUCAGUCCCCCUUAUAAUGCCACCUCUGCCUUGCCUCCUGGGAUCCCCAUGGGGAGAAGUGCCCCCUUAGCCACCUUUCCCCUGCAGCAUCCUCUGUUUUCCCAUCCUGGCUUUUCUGCCCCUUUGAAGGACAUGGUGGCAGGCUAGGGUAUCUCUGGGGCAAGAAGAAUGCACAGCCGGGCAGGUGUCUCUGCUGAGCCUGCCCCCAAAGUCAUCUUCCAGCGUGGACUUUGUACCCUGGCCUAGGGCAGCACAAUUUCCUCAGCCUCCUUGAGUCCCGUGUCUCUGAAUGUGGCAGCUGAGGAUCAAUAAAGCCCACCUGAGGAACAUGA